AUGCAGUACUUAUUGGGAAUUAUUGUAAAUUGGUCUAUAGUAGCGAUAACUUCUUACGACCUCAGCUUUGUGAGUGUUACUAAAAAUAAUCCUCAAAAAUAUUGCAAAACACUUACUGAGGAUAUAUAUGCCGAACGUGCCUUUGAUGCCAUGCUAAUAAUUCUCAAUGCUAAUACAAAAUCAACGAAGGACUUAAUGCUUGAGGGCCUGUAUCAACAGGAGAACAUUCCCAAGGUGAUUAUGACUAAUAGAGCAGAAAGCUUCCUAUACAAACAACGAUUUAAUGAAGAUAUUCUCUUAAUAAUUUUCCUAAAUGAAGACAAGGAGUUGGAUUUAAUAGACUUGGCAGCUUAUACCACGAAUUAUAUGAGACAAACCCGAAUCCUUAUAAUUGCAGAAUAUGUAAGAGAUAAGGAAAAGUUACUGAAAUUAUGCCAACAUUACAAAAUGACCAAUGUUUUAAUGUUGUUAUACUCAACUGCUGCUGAAGGCUUAUUACAGUUGCAACCCUAUCCGGAUUAUCAUUGGCAAAAGUUUCACUUCAACUCCUCAUCACAACUCCUUUAUUAUCCUCAACAUUGGCGCAAUAUGAAAAAUCGAACUCUAUUGACGUUUACCGAUCAAACUCUUCCAAGGGCCUUAGUCUUUCCAGAUCCCAAGAGCGGGCAACUAAAACUAAAUGGCUAUCUACCUCGCAUGGUUAUGUUAUUUGCCGAACUUUAUAAUGCCUCUCUAAAAAUGUCCCAUCCCUUGGUAAUGGGUAAAAAAACUCACUUUUCAAUUAUCAAUCAAAUGGUGGAUCAAAAUCUAAUGGAUAUUCCCAUGGUUACAGAUAGUUCUGUCAAUGGUCAUUGGUUGAAUAUGAGUGAUACAUUUGAAAUUGAUCAGGGAUUUCUUAUGAUACCAUGUGCCCAUCCUCGUUCCAUUAGAGAGGUAUACAUGGUCUUGCUUAGUGGCACCUUUAUAUGCUUCGUUAUCAUUUGCAUCUCAUCGCUGUCAUUUGUGCACACACUCUGCGAAUAUGUGAAUAAGCAUCGUUGGAAUUACAUCAACUUCAUAAUCAAUGAUCGCAUAAUUCCCGGCUUCUUGGGUCUAUCAUUUUCAACUCGCAGCAUUUCUUUGCUUAGCUUAAAAUUAGUCUACCUCCUGUUGUUUUUUGGAGGUCUCUAUACCAGUACCCAGUUCUCGGCAAACAUUGGCAGCCUCUUUACCAUUCCCAGCUAUCAUCGUAAAGUGGAAACUAUAGAUGAACUUAAACAAUCAUCUCUAAAAAUUCUUAUGUUCGACAAGGAAGCCGAAAGUAUCAUCAGCAGAAGAGAGCAUCUAAGGGAAUCCAUAAUUUCUAGCAAAAAUAUGUCUUAUGUUCAGGAGGCUCGUCUAAAUUUCAACAAUUCCUUUGGCUACUAUACCUCGGCGACCACGUGGCGCAUAUUUAGACGCAAGCAACAAUAUUUUACAUACAAAGAAUUUUGUGUUCCAGAUGGAUUAACUGUUUUCCGAUUCAUACCUUGGAACAUUCCUUUACAACACAACUCUCCCUAUAAAGAGCCUUUGAAUUAUCUCAUUCAUCGUGUUCAUGAUUUGGGUCUAAUGGAUGCUUGGCAUUCAAUGUUGUUUUCGGAUAUGCUGAAGUUGGAUCUAAUCUCCCUACGCGAUCCUUAUCCUAAGCGAGCAUUCAAACAAAUGACUGUAAAUGAUUUAUUUUGGAUUUGGCUAAUUGUUGUAAUUGGUUUGGCAUUGAGUCUUUUGAUUCUUUCGGCCAAGAAGAAAAGGAUUUUUGGUUUUGGAUAUGAAUUCGCAAUGAAGAAGCAGUUAGCUUCAUCAAAAAUGAUUUUUAUCUAUUUGUGA